AUGGUUUUUCACUGUUUCUUUUUUUUUUUUUUGCUUCUUCGAUCUCAGCUAGCUUAUUUUUUUCGUGAUUUUUUUCCCUCUUGUUCUUCUUCUACUUCCACUCUCCCCCUUUUCAGAGAUGAAGGUAUCUCCUUCAUUCUUACCUCUACUGUUUUCCCUCCCCAGCUGGGCCUCUUGCUCAGUUUGCUGCUUCUUUAUGCUGCUGCUGAAGGGAAGUGCUGGUCACUUUGGAUCCCUUCUUUAAUACUUCCGUCCACUUCCAUAAAUUUCUUUCUCUUUCUUUCUUCCUUUCUUUCUUUCUUUCUUUCUUUCUUUCUUUCUUUCUUUCAAUACAUACCAAUUUCUGUUUCUAUCUCAAUUAAUUUCUUUCUCUUUCUUUCUUUCCUUCUUUCUUUUAAUUCAUAUCAAUUUCUGUUUCUAUCUCAGAUGGCUUCUUUUUCUCUCUUUCUUUCUUUCUUUCUUUCUUUCUUUCUUUCUUUCUUUCUUUCUUUCUUUCUUUCUUUCUUCCUUCCUUCCUUUCAAUACAUACCAAUUUCUGUUUCUAUCUCAAUUAAUGGCUUCUUUUUCUCUCUUUCUUUCUUUCUUUCUUUUUUUCUUUCUUUUAAUUCAUAUCAAUUUCUGUUUCUAUCUCAGAUGGCUUCUUUUUCUCUCUUUCUCUCUUUCUCUCUUUCUUUCUUUCUUUCUUUCUUUUUUAAUUCUAUUCUUUCUUUCUUUCUUUCUUUCUUUCUUUCUUUCUUUACUUCCUUCUUUCUAUUCUUUCUUUCUUUCUUUCUUUCUUUCUUUCUUUCUUUCUUUCUUUCUUUUACAGCUCUUGGAUUCUUUUUAUUCCUAUUCCUUUUUUUAAUUUCUAGUUCUUUCUUUCUUUCUUUCUUUCUUCCAAAAAUUAAUGUCUUUUAUUCUACAUUUUUCUUCACUACUUUUUCUCUUUCCUUUUUAGCCACUUAUCUCUCGUCUCUUUUAUUUCAUCACUUUAUUUCUCAUUCGUCUUAUUCAGUAUUUCUUGUUAUAGCUAUCUAUUAA